ACAGGAGAGAGACGGGACUAUAGUGGAUCCUCUGGGGAGCCUCAACAACAUCAUGAUAAUGACAAGGCAGAGAAGAGUCCUUCCAGAUCAGAUCACCUCAAGAAACACCAGCAGAGAUACACAGGGAAGAGAACUCACUGCUGCUCUGACUGUGGGAAAAAAAUAAACUCUUCAUCAGACUUUAAAAUACAUCAAAGAUUUCCCACUGGAGAGAAACCUUAUGGAUUUGAUCAAUGUGGGAAAAGUUUUACUGAGUCAAGCUUUCUCACUAAAAAUCAGAGAAUACACAAAGGAGAGAAACCAUAUAGUUGUGAUCAAUGUGGAAAGGUUUUCGGUACAUCUGGCUGUCUGACAAAACACCCGAGAACAAACACAGGAGGGAAACGUUAUAGCUGUAAUCAAUGUGGGAAGAGUUUUACUUCAUCUAGCUAUCUAACUAUACACCAGAGAACACACACAGGAGAGAAAUCAUAUAGCUGUGAUCAAUGUGGAAAGAGUUUUGGUACAUCUGGCCAUAUGGCAACACACCAGAGAACACACACAGGAGAGAAAUAUUUUAUCUGUGAUCAAUGUGGGAAGAGUUUUACUCUGCUAAAAAGCCUGAUCGUACACCAGCGGACACACACAGGAGAUAAAUCUUAUAGCUGUGAUCAAUGUGGGAAGAGACAGCAGAUGGCAAUAUGUGUCUUUCAGGCGAUAUUUCUACUGUGA